GACCCAAACAUCUGCCGAAGACGUAAAAAUGGUAAAAAAAUAGUCAUGUCACAUGAAAUAGAUCUAAAAUCUUCAUUCGUGCACAAGUUUCAAGUUUUUUCAAUCGAAGGAAAAGUUGAAUUAUUUUGGUGCAUUAGUCAUUGAAUAACUGUACAACUUAUAAAUUAAGGUUCAAGUGACUAUUUGGCACGCAUUUGUCAAUAUAUAGUGCAACUGUGUUGCAAUAAAUUAAAGUUAAAAUGCAGGACCCCAAUGAGGACACCGAAUGGAAUGAUGUACUGCGAGCCAAGGGAAUCCUUCCUCCGAAGAAGGAGAAGGAAAUCACUGAGGAUGACAUUAUCGGAAUGAUUGAGAACACCAUCGAACAGAAGCAGAACCAAAGCAAAAACCUCUCAAACAUGGGUUUAGAUGAACUAGACGAACUGGAAGACUCUGAGGAUGAAGCGGUAUUACUCGAGUAUCGCCAGAAAAGAAUAGCCGAAAUGCAAGCUAUGGCACAGAAGGCUAAAUUUGGAACAGUGAUGGAAAUUUCCGGACAGGAUUACGUUCAAGAAGUGACAAAGGCGGGAUCAGAGAUCUAUGUGGUGUUGCAUUUAUAUAGCCGCGGUGUCCCAUUUUGUACGUUGAUAAAUCAGCAUCUGAGUCAACUGGCCAUGAGGUUUCCGGCGACGAAGUUCAUCAAAGCUAUUGCCACGACUUGCAUUCCCAACUAUCCAGAACGCAAUCUGCCGACGAUCUUCAUCUACUACGAGGGACAAAUGAAGAAACAAUUCGUGGGAUCGGUCGAACUAGGAGGCCCUAAUCUAAGCUGUGAAGAAUUGGAGUACAUGCUGGGACAGGCCAAGGCGAUCGAUACGACAAUUACGGAGGAUCCUCGCAAAGCAAGAGCCGUGAAGGACAAGAUGUUUGCAGACUUGGCCGAUAGUAACGAUUGGUGAUCUGUUCAACACAGAGCGCUUACGGCAUGGCGAAAAGCUUAUUUUUUGUUGCUUUCCUUCGAACCUUGGACUCGGUUUAAUCAUCUCGCUUCAAAAUCAAACACCAAAUAAUUUUUCAUACAAAUGCAAUAAACAUUUAUACAUUUUACGUUAUUUAUACGAUCAAUUAAGAUUCUUACCGUCGUGGCGUCACAUCUUGGAACCUAUUUAAAAUAUAUUGUAAUUUUUUACAUGAUACGAAUACAUAACGUAAAAUUUUGUAAAAACUUGA